CCACGUAUACAACACCCUGCCCAGUUUCACAUCUGAUUAUGAAUUUGCAGCUGCCUGACUGUAAGAGGAAGUACAAGUACCAAGCUGUAAUAGGAAGAAGGGGAUUUCCAGCCACUGCUUUAUUCAAAGAGCUUGCUGAAAAUGGAGCUGUUAACGUCACUUAUCCCAAUUUUCCUACUAUCGCACAUUGUGUGCAGCCUGCCAGAGUUUUCUUUCAAAGAAAUACGUUUUUUCAAAGAAUGGAUGAUCAAGCACAACAAAAACUAUGGCCCAGAAGAGUACGAUCAUAGGCUACAGACCUUUAUCCAGAACAAGAGAAAGAUUGAAGCUCACAACAGUGGUAGACACACUUUUCAAAUGGGACUGAACCAGUUUUCUGAUUUGACUUUCAGUGAAUUUAAGUCACUGUACUUGCUACAGAAACCACAGAACUGCUCAGCUACACGAGGGCACCAUCACAACAAUAUGAAGCUGCUCCCUGAGUUUGUAGACUGGAGAAAAAGAGGAAAUUACAUCACUCCUGUGAAGAAUCAGGGUGGGUGUGGAAGCUGCUGGACCUUUUCUACCACUGGAUGCUUGGAAUCUGUGAUUGCAAUAAAGUCAGGAAAACUUGUUUCACUGGCGGAACAACAACUUGUAGACUGUGCUCAAAACUUUAAAAACCAUGGAUGCGCAGGAGGACUGCCAAGUCAAGCUUUUGAAUAUAUUAAAUACAACCAGGGGCUGGAAAGGGAACAGGAUUAUCCUUAUGAAGGAAAGGAUGGACCUUGUCGGUUCCAGCCCAGCAAAGCUGCCGCAUUUGUCAAGAGUGUAGUCAACAUCACUGAGUAUGAUGAAGCUGGAAUGGUGGAUGCUGUGGCAAGACUGAACCCAGUCAGUUUUGCUUUUGAAGUGACUGAUGACUUUAUGAAUUAUGAGAAAGGUGUUUAUUCCAGCAAAAAUUGCCAUUCAACCCCGGAUAAAGUGAAUCAUGCUGUGCUGGCUGUGGGUUACGGAGUGUCCAAUGGUACCAAGUAUUGGAUUGUGAAGAAUUCUUGGAGCACUUCCUGGGGAAUUGAUGGAUAUUUCUACAUUGAACGAGGGAAGAACAUGUGUGGCUUGGCUGCGUGUGCUUCCUACCCCGUCCCCCUGCUCUGAGAUGAUGAGGCUGCUCAGAUACAAUGGAAUUCCAGGCCAAGUCCUUAUUGAACCGCAAGGCUGAUGUGACACAACAGAAAACUUUACAACGCCGAUUACUGCUUAAAAGAAUACUAAUUAACAGUCUGUUUUCCAUUCUGCUUCUUAAUGUAAAUUGCAUUGAGUUCGAAUCACCGAUUGUAUUUACUAUUUCUGAUUUCUCGGAGCAUAAAAUGAUCUCUGAUGAUCAGUUUUAAAUGCUCACUACCACUAAAUCUAGUCAAGUGUUAAAUUUCAACUAGAGGCAAAUGUUCAUUUUAUAAAAAGAAUCUCUUUUGUGACUGUUUUUUUAAUCAAAGUGCUGAUUGUAAUCAUGAACAAAUGAUAAAAAAUGCUGAAAUGAAA